GGACAGGGCUGAGGGUGUGAGGGGCCGGGCGCGGCUCCUGCGCCUUUGUGGCGCUGUCCCCGCCGCCCGUCUUGUCGCGCUGUGUCGCAGCGCGGUGGCGGAGCAGCUCAGCCCGCUGCUCCUCUUAGCCAGACAAGGCUCCGUCCUGUGGGCGCUGCCGCCGCCUCCCUCCCGAGAUCCGGCUGCUUUGGGGUCACUGCUGCCAGAUGUCAUCAGUCUUUCAUGAAUUAAGAGUUCUCUAAGAUUAGCCACUAAGAUCGGGGGGGUUUCUCUCCUGUGGUCUGGCGGUGUGUGGAGGCUGGCUCUGAAUGCAGAGCGCUGCGGGAAUUGCCGGUGAAAGAUCCUUCCCGGGGGAGAGACCCUUCAGGCGGGCUUUGGUUCUACAAAACCCUUUACGUGCCUCUCCCAGGGCGGCUCCAGGAAUCAGAGGAAGGAGAACACAGUAUUAUUUUGGCUGAAGUGCUCAGCUUCAAGACUUCACUUUGUUCCUCACAGCUUGGAGGGAUAUGAAGCCAAUUGGAAAAGUGCUUUGUGCUACAGGGGCUGUAGCUAGGCUCAUAGCUUUCUUCUGGAAAGAUGACUUCAACCCAGAGAGCCUGUCUGGUGCCUGUGUUCUCAUAACUGGAGCCAGUGCUGGGAUUGGAGAGCAGAUAGCAUAUCAUUAUGCCAGAUUUGGGGCUGAAAUUGUGUUGACUGACAUAAGGGAAGCUGUGCUGCAGAAGGUAGUGGAGAAAUGCCUGACACUUGGAGCAAAGAAAAUAUUUUAUAUCGCUGCAGAUAUGUCUUUCCCUUCAGAGCCUGAAAAGAUGGUUCAGUUUGCUGUCCAAAAGCUGGGGGGCCUGGACUACCUCGUGUUGAACCACGCCAGCACCAACUGCUUCCAGGAGUGGGCUGGGGAUGUGGAAUACACCUGCUGGCUCAUGCCGGUGAAUUUUUUUAGUUACGUGGCUCUUGCAACAGCAGCUCUUCCCACCCUGGAGAAGAACAGAGGUGCUCUGGUGGUUGUUUCUUCCCUCACAGGGAAAAUGCCCACUCCAUUCACCACUUACUCUGCCACCAAGUUUGCACUGGAUGGAUUUUUCAGUUCACUGUGUCAUGAGCUCAUCAUGCAGAAGAAAGAUGUGUCUGUCACACUGUGCAUCCUGGGCCUGAUUGAUACUGAGUCAGCAUUGGAGUGCACCAGGGGCAAAGUGCAGCUAGCCUCCCCGCUCCUCGCCAUCGUCCGGGGCGGGGCCACCCGGGCGCACGGGAUUUUCUACCCGCGGUGGCUGCAGCAGCUCCGCUGCCUCUGGGCUCUGUUCCCCAGCAGCGGGAACAGCGUGCUACGGACUUUCUAUAACUGCAGCAGUCCCUGAGGGGUGCCCGGUCUCAUCCUAUAGCCCUUCUAAUCACAUUCCUGCCGUCCCACUAAGCAUCCCUCUCAACCACUGGUGUCAAGCAGGAGCAGGGCAGCAGUGGUGGCAAAGUCCCCUUUUCCUAACAGACUCAUGGUCUGUAAUCAUGCUUCAGCCAUGGUUCUGCUGCUGCUACCCAUCAGUCAGAGACCUUUCCCGUUGUUCACUCUGCCUUAGCCCUCCUCCCAUCUCCCCUCCUCCUUCAGCCUCACCCGUCUCCUUUGACUGCAUCCAGCCUUUGCUCAGCCCCAGCUUUAACCCCUCCCUGUCUGUCUGCACAGGAUGUCCUGGAAUGGCUGUACAUUCCGGGGACAUCCUCCUCCACUACUUCAUUUUAGAUUCCCCUUGCUUCCUCUAAGUAGAAUUUUUAUCUCUAUUUUAUAUUAAACAAGUUUUUAAUGUGUUG